UCGUUAGAUUUGAGGAUUGACAUUGUGUUUGUUUGUUUGUUUUAAUAAAUUCAGGAGCAGUUAUAAACGGUGAAGCCAUUGUCGCGUCCAAAACAUAACUGCAAAGAGGAAAAGUGAUCAAUUUAAUAAUCGCAUUUUCAGUCCUUCGAGCUUUUUGACUCUGCGAGGCACCGUAUGAGCCUAGCCAAGUCGUUCAUGACAGUCACCUGACUAAAACAAAUUCAACCAAAAUGCUAACGGAGUACGCCGGGCACAAUGAGUACAGAUGCAGUUUUUAAUAGUUGUUAAAUGAAAUGUUUAAAAUACUCGUUUGACAGCUAGAGGAGAUGCAUAUUAUCAUCAGUGGAGACCAUCUGUGGGUAAUGAUUCUAGCUAGGUAGAUUACUGUUCUCCUGUGGCCUCUUCCAGACUGUGACUGUUGAAGAACACAGGAAUUAAAAAAAAACAACAAUGCCUCAAUCAGCGGCUAUCAUCAGUGGGAUCCAGCGAAUGGUUCUGUACGAGACCAGAGCAAGGUAUUUUUUGGUAGGGAGCAACGAUGCACAAACCAAAUAUCGAGUCCUAAAGAUUGACCGCACAGAACCCAGGGACCUCGUCAUAAUUGACGAUAAGCAUGUGUAUAAUCAGCAAGAGGUGAAGGAGUUGCUGGGCCGCCUGGACCUGGGCAACCGCACUAAGAUUGGUCAGAAGGGUUCCUCAGGCCUGUCCAGGGCUGUCACAGCUUUUGGCAUCGUGGGGUUUGUACGAUUCCUUGAGGGGUACUACAUCGUGUUGAUCACGAAGCCCAGAAAGAUGGCUGAUAUUGGUGGCCACUCCAUCUACAAAAUUGAAGACACCACCAUGAUCUACAUCCCCAAUGACUCGGUCAGGGUAACACACCCUGAUGAAGCAAGGUAUGUGAGGAUCUUUCAGAAUGUGGACCUUUCAAGCAACUUCUACUUCAGUUACAGCUAUGACCUGAGCCACUCGCUGCAGUACAACCUGACUUUGCUGCAGAGACCUUAUGAGCAAUGGUCUUCAGCAGAUUCCUCCACUGAGGAAGAGGUACACACACAGAGCAAGCAGGACAGCUUUGACAUCUUUGAAGAUGAGGGUUUGCCUACACAAGUGGUUUAUGGUCUUCACAACGAGCCGUAUUACAAAUAUGUGUGGAACGGGAAGCUCCUGGAGCAAGUCAAAAAUAUAGUACAUCGUGACUGGCUCAUGUAUAUAAUCCAUGGCUUUUGUGGUCAGUCCAAACUUCUGAUCUACGGCCGACCGGUUCACAUCACCCUGAUUGCCAGGCGCUCCAGCAAAUUUGCUGGGACCCGUUUCCUCAAAAGGGGAGCCAACUGCGAGGGGGAUGUGGCUAAUGAGGUAGAGACCGAACAGAUCGUCCAUGAUGCCUCAGUUACGUCUUUCACAGCAGGAAGUUACUCCUCAUAUGUCCAAGUACGAGGCUCCGUCCCGCUCUACUGGUCCCAGGACAUUUCCACCAUGAUGCCAAAACCCCCAAUACGAUUGGACCAAGCUGACCCAUACGCCCAUAUAGCAGGCCUCCAUUUUGACCAGAUGCUGCAGCGGUUUGGUUCACCCAUCAUCAUCCUCAACCUUGUCAAGAAACGUGAAAAAAGGAAACAUGAGAAGAUUCUGAGUGAAGAGCUGUACCGUGCUGUGGGAAAUUUGAAUCAGUUCCUCCCUCCCGACCACUACAUAGACUAUAUCGCUUGGGACAUGGCCCGCUACACCAAGAGCAAGUUGUUCAAUGUUCUGGACCGUCUGAGUAUGAUAGCAGAGAAUGUGGUCAAGCGAACAGGUUUCUUCAUGAAUCGCUCUGACUUCUACUGUCACACCCUCAGACCAGAUGACAGGUGGGGAGAUGUAGGUGGACACAUAACAUCCACUGGGCGACUGCAGAUUGGUGUGUUGCGGACCAACUGUGUGGAUUGUCUUGACCGGACCAAUACCGCCCAGUUCAUGGUGGGCAAAUGCGCUCUGGCCUAUCAGCUUUAUGCGCUGGGAAUGAUUGACAAGCCCAAGCUCCAGUUUGAUACUGACUGUGUGAGGUUGUUUGAGGAGCUGUACGAGGACCAUGGAGACACAUUAUCCCUGCAGUAUGGUGGCUCUCAGCUGGUUCACAGGGUCAAGACUUAUCGCAAGAUCGCACCCUGGACACAGCACUCAAAGGAUAUCAUGCAAACACUGUCACGUUACUACAGCAAUGCUUUCUCAGAUGCUGACAGACAAGAUUCAAUCAACUUGUUCCUCCAAGUUUACCAGCCAUCAGAGUCAAAGCCACACCUGUGGGAGCUUCCCACAGACUUCUAUCUGCAUCAGACGAGCACCAUGGCCAUUCCCCAAGACAGACGGAGCUACACACUCUGGUGGUCAGAGGGAAUCCUGUCCUAUCUUCCUGUCCCUUAUGAUGAAGUGCCCUGUGAGGACAAUAUGAAGAAGGUUAGAGUGAAGAGAGUAAACGGCUUUGACGAGAGUAUUGACAUUUACACAGAAUUCUUCAAACCGUAUGAACUCACCUCUUUCGAUGAGAUGUUCUGCAUCGCCAUGACCAAGUCUGCAAGGGAAUUUAUGCCUAAGACUGUGGGAGUGGAUCCGAGCCCAUUCACAGUCCGGAAGCCAGAGGAAACUGGGAAAUCAGUGCUGGGCAGCAAGAGCAGUAAAGAGGAGACGGUACUCCAACGGAAGACUGCAGCCAGCGCACCUCCUCCUCCGAGCGAGGAGGCCAUCUCUAGCACAUCGGAGGAUGACUCCGAGGAAGACCGUGAUGAUGAGGGGUCUGUGUCUCAACGAUCCACCCCGAUCAAACUGCUAACGGAGUCUGGAGAGAGUGUUCGCACACAGGAGGAGGUCCAUCAGCAGCACAUGUCAAAAGAGCCUUAUGGACUCAAUCUGGCUGAGUUUCCUUCUGAGGACGACCUAUUCAUUUACCAAAGGUUUGCUCACUUGGGCGAGAGCCAGCACAGAGUGGAGAGAAGUGAACACAUAAACCCGGCAAACAUCAUCUGUCUAGAGCCAGUGUCCCGCUUCCCAGAGGACAGCAUCUACGCAGUUUCUCCUCCACAGGUGGACAGAGAUAGCCGGGAUGUGUUUGAGAGCCAUGUGAUGACCGGUCAGGGCCAGGUGAGGGCAUUAUGCAGAGAGGACAUGUUGAUGUACAGGGAGUACAUUAAAAACAGAUACAUGUAAGACACAGAUAGCACAGACUGGCUCACUGUUACCAGUAUGAAUGGCAAGUAUGAUAAGCUGCUAAAGAUGUUUCAUCUUCAAGAAUCAUGUUUUUUGUUGCUCUAAACAAGUGUAAAAGAAAUUUUCCUUGUAUUAGAAAAUUAUGUGUAUUUUUUUUUCUAUGGUAGAGGCUGCCAAUAACAAAGAUAACAGCACAUGAAAAACUUGUAUGCCGUAUAUUUGGACAAAAUUAUGUCUGAAGAGAGUUUCAUAUGAAAAUCUUCUUCUUUUUUUUAAUAGCAUACCCUUUAUUUUUUUGUUGUUGUUGUAAAACAGUCAAUUAAAAAUGAAGUAUUUUGAGUCUUAUAUUUGUUAUUCCAACCUGUGUACACACCUUAAAUAUACCUUGUUUUACUCUGGAUGGACUUUCUCAAAAUUUGGGCUUUAGACAAUUUAAACACAAAAUCUUCAUCACAUACUGGAGUUUGGGGGUUUAAAAGAUUCAGGCAUUUACAGUAUAAGCCCGGGAACGAUUCUAAGUUUGUUGUCAUACUAUAUAAUGUCAGGACCUCUACUCCUUGAUAUUUGUUUUUAUUAGUUAUCUUAAGGAAUUUCUCCUCCUCAGAUGUGCUUUGUUUCUUUUGUUAAACAAUUUUUAUCACUUGAGCUUUAAAAUGUUUAAAAUUAUUUAAGUUUUUUUUUCUCAUGUAUUGAAGAGCUCACUGGUUAAUUUAAAUUAAAAUGUUGCUAACUGUAUAAAAUUACAACGUAUAGCUUGAUAUUUGUUUUGUUUUUUGUUUUUUUUUCAGCUCUCACCACCAGUUUACAAAUUUGCACACUAAUUUAUUUUGCAUAAAUGCUUAGAUCAGGUAAUUACUGUGUAC